CACUCCGCUCGCUCGGUCGGCACAUCCGUUGGAACUUUUAAACUGGACAGCGUACGUACGCGUGCACGCGAUCGCGGGAGGCUUUUCGGAUAGCUUACCGUGUCCUUCGAGCGAAUCCAGCGUUUUUGAAUCGGAGUUGUUACCGCUGACGCCGUCGCGAAAUUUGAGGACACGAUGCCGCACAACAUUUACUAUUCCGACAAGUACUACGACGAUAAAUUCGAGUACAGGCAUGUGGUUUUGCCGAAAGAAAUGGUGAAGCUGGUGCCAAGAACUCAUUUGCUGUCCGAACAAGAAUGGAGAGCUAUUGGAAUCCAACAAAGUCAAGGAUGGGUGCACUACAUGAUUCAUGAUCCCGAACCACACAUUUUGCUAUUCAAGAGGAAAAUAACAACACCUCUAGAACUGAGAGGGAAAGAUAAUUAAAUGCAGUGAAGUUAUAUUGUCUUGUAAAUAACAAUUUAGAUCAUGUUCAUAUUUAUAGUAGAACAUAUUUACAAUAAUAUCUCACCACUUUCUUUCCUUCUCUCUCGGUCUCGCUAACAAAAUCGAUGCGCCAUGUAACGUCAAUUCGCUUUCUAAAUGCUAAAUUGAAAAAAUCGCAAACUAAUUUUCAAGAAAAUAAAGCGACAAAUUUUCAAGAAAAUUCCACAGAAUAGUAUGUCCAUGGUCAUUUUAUCUUUAAUUACUUCGCGUUGCCAUUCAUAAAAAAAUGUCAA